AUGGCAAAAACUUCCUCGGCUCCUAAAACCAAAAAGGCUGCCAGCCUUCCUGCUCAUCCAAAAUAUGAAGAUAUGAUUCGAGAUGCUAUUGUCGCCUUGAAGGAUCGUAAAGGAAGCAGUCGUCAAGCUAUCAAAAAAUAUAUUCUUACUUCGUUCAAACUUCCCGAUAAUAAUGUUACGAACAACCGCCUUCGCAUCGCUAUUAACAAAGGUGUCGAAAAAGGGUUAUUUGCCUUUUACAAUGGACCGAGUGGAACCAUUAAACUUGUUAAAAAGGAACCAGUAAAGAAAGAAAAAAAAGAAGUCGAGAAAAAAGAAAAACCCAAGACGGCCGUUAAAAAGGAAUCGAAACCCAAAGCCGAAAAGAAAACCAAGAAAGCGGCUCCCAAGAAGACUGCCAAGAAGGCUGUAAAGAAAACGAAGAAACCCACAACCAAAACGACCAAACGAACUAAAGCUGCCGCUAGAAAAGUCGGUGCAAGAAAAUCUUCCACCAGAAAGAGAACUACAUCUUAA